GCUGGACACAUGCGUUCCGGGACUUCCACCGACCGGCGGGUUCGGGGGGGCGGGGGUGGCCCUUUUCCAGGUUGGGCCCACUUCUGAGGGCCGCAGGCACAGUUGUGUGCGGGGUGAGUACAAGGGCAUCCAGGAAAGGGAGGGGAGAGCAGCAGUUUGUCCUUGUCAGCAAGGACAAACAGAGGCAGGCAGAGCUGAAAUGUUGCGGGUUCAAGUGGAUCAUGAAGGGGCAAACACUGCCAAACUCCAAUGGGAAUUUUCUCAUGGAGUGCAAAUUGUGCGGCCGGGGGUUUCAGGGCAGUCAGUCAAAGGCCGCACAACACUUCAGAAUAAAAAACAACUGUUCUAAAGUCAUUGAGGAGCAGCUCGCGGAGAUUUGGAACAAGACAAAUUACUCGUUUGAUCACAGCCACCAUCGAAAGAUCCUCGACUUCCUCAGGUCUCGUGGGUUUCGAGACAAUAGGAAUACUUCGGGGAAGGAGCAGGCGGGGGAGGACGAGUACGACGACAGCGAGGAUGAGAGGAGGGCGACCGAGGGGGGAGGUGGUGAUAGUGACAGUGAUUCACGAGACAUCGAGGUGCGGCGAGAGGCGGAGCGCGCCAGGGGUAAGAUGAGGGGGGACAAGGCCGUUGACGAGGACAGCACCCCGGACGAGCACGACGACAACGACGAUGACAACGACGAUGACGACGACCAUGAGGGCGCAGAUAUUGGGGCGUCUCUUGCUGGGGGUCUGAUGGCCGCUGGGCGACGAGGCCAAGAGGGGGCUGCCAAGGCGAUGAAGGAGGCUGCGCAAUCGACGAAGAGAAAGAGGAAGGCAACGACACCAGCUCCUCCUCUGCCGAAGAAGGGCAAAGCCCUUCAACAGACUUCCAUGCUAGAGGCCUUCGAUCCGGCGUGGCAACGAGAGUUUUCGAACGAGUUCCUGCAGUGGUGGUAUGUGAGCGGGAUUCCAUUCGAGGCGGCGAGGAGGCCGGAGUACCAGCGAGUGAGGAAGCGGUUGCUUGAGUGUCCGCCGUAUACACAUCCUGCGUUGCCCACGCACCGUGUCAUUUCUGGCGACGACAUCCCAGAGCAGCAGCGAGUUGUGGCGGAGAUGGUGGCGGCCGUCCGCAAGGACAUUGCGGCGACGGGAGCGACCAUCCUCACCGAUGGUCGCAAGAUUGUGCAGCGUGACGGUGCUGUUCAGGAGACAGUCGAGGUCGUGGUGGAGCGAUGGAAUGACGUGUUCGACAAGUUCGGUGUCGAAAACGUCAACGCCAUUUGCACUGAUUCCGCGUCCGCGUAUGUGGCUGCAUCCAAGCUCCUUGCGAAGGAGGAAGUCAAGUACAGUCGCAUUACUUGGCUUCCGUGUGCGGUCCAUGUUUGCAACUUGUUGUUGUCAGACAUUGCAAAGGACGACACCCCCGGGAAGCUUGGGAAGAGGGAGGACACCAUCAUCAGGGCUCGAGCAGUCGUGCGUUUCAUCAGAGAGCACGGGGCGGCUCUCAGCCUUUACCGAUGUUUCUCUGCCUCCCACCCCUCUUCCGCCUCGACAGUUGCGGCCAGUUCCAGCGCUGCUCCACCCUCGUCCCAGCGGCGAGGCAGAGAGCUUGUGUACCCCGCACAGACGAGGUUUGUCACGCACUACUUGAUGCUGGAGAGGUUAUUAGAUCGUCGCCCAGCGUUGGAGUCGAUGAUGAUGAGCGAUGACUGGUUGCGGACUGUAUGGAGGAGGUCCAUUUUCUUGCAGGAGAGGUGGGUGCAUCAUCAGGUGCGGUAUGCGCCAUUCUGGGAGCACAUGGAGGACAUCGUGGAGCUGAUGACGCCUGUGAUGCAGCUGCUGCGACGUUUGGACAGAGGGGGGCGUGUGAUGACUCGCAUGUGGUCGUGGGCGCUUGCCAUGAUCGACAGAGUGGCGAGGGCAAUACUAAACAGGACGUGGAUGGAGGAUCUCAACAUCGUUGUUCAGACUGGCGGAGAUGAGGAGUUGUAUCAGACAUUGCGCACGCAGUUGGCGGAGUUUCUGAGCCGGAAGGGCGAUUGGACGUAUGGAGGGGUUCAGGGUGACAGGGACGCGGCCUCCUGCAGAGGGGAAAAGGAGACGUUGCAGGUGGGGCAGUGGUGGGUUCAGCACGGGGACGGGGUCCCUCUCCUUCAGAAUUACGCCAUUCGCCUGACACACACAUGGACGUGCGCCUCUCCAGCGGAGAGGAACUGGGCCGUCCAUGAGCGUGUUCAGGUGAAGAAGCGUAACCACCUUGGUUUUAUCAAGCUGGCUCGUUUGGUGGAGAUAUCCACCAACUUGAGAUUGAGUCCUUGUCAGGGGAGGGGUUCAGGGUACGUUCUGCCAUGGGAGGAUGCUGAGGAGGAGACAGAGGACAGUAUUCCUCCGCCUCGUGACGAGGGUGUUCGGCCAGCUGACCGAGUCACGGAGGCGCAGCGCGAGUGGCAGGUGCAGCGCGGGCGGAAGGAUCGCCUUUCGAAGGCUCCGCCCAGCGUCGAAACGUAUUUCGGUCGUCGCGCCACGGUGCUCAUGCCGACUGAGUUGGAUGCCGUGUACGAUCCGGAGCCUAAUCCUAUGGCUCAGGACCCGAUUGAGGCAGAGCCGUGGUCCGAUCCAGACGACCUGGCACCGCUGCGCAGCAUCCCCCUCCCCCUCCACCUCCGGGAUCGAGUGGUCGUGCUUCCAUUGGAGUCGAUGCGCAGCAUCCCCCUCCACCUACAGAUCGACCAGGACAUGGCGAGCAGGGGACUCGACAGACUGUUGAGGAGGGACGAGGCGACGACGACGAUGAUGACAGAGAGGGGUACGAGGGCAGCAGUGAGGACGAGGAUGAUCCUGCCUAUUCCCCGACACGCAGACGUGGUGACGACAACGACGACGACGACGAGGGCGGCGAUGGCACAUAGGCUGCAGGUGGUUUGCGGAGGUCGGAUCGAGAGCGUGCCGACCGAUGCAGUGGUGCAGGCAGGCCGUGGUGGUGGAGGACGGGCGAGGCGAGAGUCUGCAUCGUCCACUCGCACUGUGCACUUGGUCGAUGAGGGUGCCGCGACAGCAGAGGUUGACGCCGGGUCGAGAGAGUUAGGUGCUGCAUUGCCAGAGGCCGCUGCAGAGGCCGCUCCCUCCAAUGCAGGGAGCGGAGCGCCGUUUGACGAGGUCGCACACGAGUUUGCAGAGGUUGCUGACGAGGCUGCACAGGUUGGGAGCGCUUCUGCGCAGUUGGGUGCUAGUUUCAGUGGCAUGUUGGAUGUUUCAUUAGGGUUUCCUCCGACACCAGCAGGUGAGCGUGGCAGUGGUGAUGCAGACGCUGCGGCUACGCCCGUCAGUCAGGUACUCCGGGAUAUACCUUCAUGCAGCAUGGGUGACAUCAGUAGCAGCAUGUUGCAGGAGGCAGCAGCGGGGACACAGGGUUCGUCGGGGCAGGAGGAGUGUGCACCAGGGGACGGUGGGGAUUGUCGAUCUGAGCAGGAGCGAGCGCCUGAGUCGGAGCAGGACAGGAUCGACCGCGAGGAGAGGGAGAUGGCGCAGGACUUGGCUAGCCGUUGCCAUAUGACACAGAGUAUUGCGUCGAGAGCACGGGCACAGCGGUUGCUCGAGACGGGUGGUGGAGAAGGUCAUCGUGCGACAGCCGAUUCAUUGCUCGAGUGUGGCGGUGCGGGCGGUGAGGAGGCAGGCGAGAGACCCGCGUCGCCGGUUCAAGGUGUUUGUGUAUUGCCUAUCGGUGGCGCCAUGACGGCGGGGGAGUUGGAGCGGCAAGCACAGGAGGACCCAUUGCGGGCAGAUCGACGCGGACGGAUGGAUGAGGUGUCAAGGAGGUUCAUGGCAGAGGCCCCAGCGUACGUGUUGUGCAGCCCGUCACUGCCAUCGUCCACCACUGGUGCCACCACCUCCGUACAUGCUGAGGGUGCCACCACCGCACCGGGACUUGCGGAGUCUCCUUGUCCCAAAUCGCGGAAGAAGAAGAUGAGAGCAGGUAAGAGUCUCAGUACCGUGAGGAGGGUGAUGCAUGCGAUGCGGGAGAGUCAACCCGGGUUGGCUGGUUUACAUCCGCGGACUCGGGAGGCAUUGGCCCGGGACGUUGUCACGGACACAGUAGGUUGGCGGGAGAGGGCCUCCACCUGGGCGACGGAGCAGUCCAUGACAACACCUGUUGAGGCGGCGAUGCCACGUGCCGAGGGGCGCAUAGCAAGUAGGGGGGAGGAGGCGGAGCACAGUCGCCCCCCCGGGAGGAGCAUGGUCGGACGUAUAUUGGGGGAGGAUGUGAGGACUGUGCCUGCACAGCGACCGUCAGAGACAACAUGCGUUUUGGAGUCUGGUACCGAUGAUUUGCAGAUGCCUCGUGGCCAGCGGAGGAGGGCUUCCAUGUACGACCUUCUUCGAGCACAGCACGGGGUUGAGGCGGCGCCACAGGGGGAGGUUCAUGCUCCGGGUACUGCACACAGACCGGUAGGAGGCACAGGUGGCGGCAACGAUGUCACAGCUGUGGCGAUGCAUAGGAGGAGGAAGGAAAUUAUGGACAACGAUGAUGAUUAGUCCCAGCAUUAGUCAUCUUUCGUCCUUUAUUUCUCAGUAGUGUAUACUACAUUUAGUGCAUCUGAGGACGUGUUGUAUUUAUAGGUGGCUUAGGUGCAG